AUGGAUUCAAGGUGGCGUCGGAUUUCAUGUCGGCGGAUUUGAUAAUCUAACACUUUGCAUUUUUGACUGUUCGUUAAUCUUAUAAAAGUAGAAAUUGUACAGAAUAAUUAAUUGCCUAGCUUUGAAGAAUGGACGGUAUUACUGAUGAAUGUAAAAACUUCCAUGAGUGUGCAAUAUGCUGUCAGAUCUUCCAUCAAUGGAGCGAGCUACAAGACCACCAAAUAAUUCAUGUUGAAAAUAAGGAUAUGAGGGGAAUAGAUUUUAAUGUCAAUGUCAGCAAAGACAAAUAUCCAGACUUCCGUUUACAUGAUCAAGGUGAGAAGUCUGAUGCACGUUUACACAUUGAAGAUGGCGGUAACGGAUGGAAAGCGGAUGUUAUUUUAAACAUGAAAGAUGGAGAGACAUCUGAUAAUGAUGGGAGGUCUGAUGAUAGUUUACACAUGGAGAACGAGGAUGAUAAACGAGAUAACGAAAGGAGGUCUGAUGUAACAUGUAGUUUACAAAUGAAAAACGCGGAUGAGGAUAAAGGAACUAAGUUUGAUAUUCGUUUACACGUGGGGAAGAAGGGCAAUGGAGAUAUCAAAGAGACGUCGGAUGAUACUUUACACAUGGAGAACACGGAUGAGGAUAAUCAAGAUAAGAAAGGGAAUUCCAAUGUUCAUUUACGCACGGAAUACAAGGUUGAUAAUCAAGAUCAGGAAGGGAAUUCGGAUGUUUAUUUACACAUGGAGAACAAGGUUGAUAAUGGAGAUAACAGAGGAACAUCUGAGGAUGCUGAUGUAUGUUUAAAAGAAAAAGAAACUGGUGACAUUGAUAAAUAUAGUGAGGUGAUUUCCAUACCAGACCUCCCUAUCACUAAUAACAGAAGUUGGAACCUUAAAUGUGAUUUCUGCAAUAAAAUAUUUAAUGAUCAGGCUAAUUUACAAGAACAUGCCCGAGUUCAUCAGGGAAACAGACCCUUUAAUUGCGAUUACUGUUGGAAAACGUUUCCAAGACAAACGGAUCGACUUAGACAUUUGGUGACCCAUACGGGUGAAAAACCUCAUCACUGUGAUGUUUGCAAUAAAUCAUUUAACUUACACAGUAAUUUACAGAAACACAAAAAGAUUCACACUGGCGAAAAACCGUUUGAGUGUGGGAUGUGUGAUAAAUCGUUUUCUCAGUGUAGUAAUCUUCUUACGCACAUGAAAACGCAUACGGGGGAAAAACCCUUUAGUUGCGAUAUAUGCGGAAAGUCGUUCUGUAGACAGAGUGAUGUGAACCGACAUUAUAAAACUCACACCGGUGAUAAGCCAUUUAAAUGCGAUAUCUGUGGUAAAUCAUUUAGUGAUGGCAGUAAUCUUCAGAAGCAUGCAACAACUCACACCGGUGAAAAACCUUUUUCCUGUGAAGUAUGUGGACGGUCGUUUUCUAGGCGUAGCACCGUUAAACGGCAUCUGUCGACCCACGCACAUGAUUCAACAUUAAGGGCGAAUUACAGCCCUAGUCAAUCGGACCAUAACAAUGUUGGAGAUAAUCAAUUGAAUAUUUCAGAAUUGGAUUCUCUCAAUUCCAAGAUUGAGUAAAAAGAAGGAUUUCUGGCUACAAGGCAUGUGUGUCAAAUAAAUAAGAAAAUAUCUCAACCAACCAUGACAGCUGAAACAUAUUGAUUGUGUUUAAUUAUCACGAUUCUAUGAAUCUUUUUCCAUUGGUAGAACUGUGACAGGACUAAAUUCAGCGUCACUCAAUUUCCCCAAUAUUUAAAAAAAAAUUAAUUUUGAUCAAUGAAACAUAAUUAAUAUUCUAGUGCAUGUUUUGUAAUAUUAUGACGUCAGUCGCAAAUUGUCAAAUUCAUUUUUUUCUCACCAUUAUUUUAUUCGUUCUAUACAAUAAAUGUUGUUCAUGAUACAAUAAAAUAAGUGGGGUUAAAUGUCCUAUUGUUCUGCUUCAACUGGGCUAAUGAAGACGGGAACAAUUUUGCUAUGGCUUACUCUUACAUGUAUAUCGAAUUCCAACCACCAAAGGAUCUUUUACUUGCACGCCAAUGUGUACACAGGACCUCUGGUUUUCCGUCCGAUCUAAACGACUAGACAGCUGCCCUUGUCAGGCCCUCUGUCUUGCAUCACUGACAAGGGGAAAUCAUGCUGAAAAAUCCCGAUGAACUGUCUUGACCUACAUCGGGAGUGAACCCUCGACCUCCAGACUAGCAAGCCAGCGUCCAACCCAUUUAGCCAACGUGAUUCACACAAACUUAUACCUUAUAAUACACUAUAUAAUUUACUUCCCAGUAACUCGUGAGUCCAUAUUUUGUUUUUUGGAACCUGUCCUUGCUCUUUGUAGGCUUCAGAAUGAAUUAAAUGGGGGUUAAAUCCCUACUUUUUGGUCCAACCGGGCAAAU